AUGAAAGCCAUCAUUCUUGUGGGAGGGUUCGGAACAAGACUCAGACCUUUGACUCUUUCCGUACCGAAAUCAAUAGUUGACUUCUGUGACAAACCUAUUAUGGUACACCAGAUUGCAGCCUUAGCAGAGGCAGGAGUAAAGGAGAUCAUUUUAGCUAUUAAUUACCAAUCUGAUAAGAUUCAAAAAUAUCUUGAUGUAUAUGAGAAAGAAUAUGGAGUAAAGAUCAUCUGAUCUAAAGAGGAUGAACCCAUGGGAACCGGAGGUCCUUUGAGACUUGCUAAAGAUUUGCUUACGAAGGAUAAUGAGGAAGGCCUGUUCUUCUGUUUCAAUAGUGAUGUCAUUUGUAAUUUCCCACUCAAAGAACUACUUGAGUUCCACAAAUCUCAUGGAGGAGAAGGAACUCUUGUGACUACCAAAGUAGAGGAACCUUCAAGAUUCGGAGUGAUUCUUAGUGAUGAAGCAGGAAAAAUUAAUGAGUUUGUUGAGAAGCCACAAGUUUUUGUAGGAAAUGACAUCAACGCUGGGUUGUACCUCCUUAACACUAGUAUGAUCGACAGGAUUGAGGAAAGACCGACUUCUAUUGAGAGGGAGAUCUUCCCACAAAUGGCAGCUGAUGGGAAGCUUUAUACCAUCCCUCUUCAUGGAUUCUGGAAGGAUAUUGGUCAACCUCCAGAUUUCUUAAAGGGCUCAGAGCUCUACCUCAACCAUCUUGAGGAAAACAAGGAUGAGAGACUUGCUCAUGGAGAUAAUAUUAGAGGAAGUGUAAUGAUUCAUCCAACUGCAACUGUUUCAGAAGACGCCCUUAUAGGUCCAAAUGUUUCUAUUGGAGAGAACGUAGUUGUAGAAUCAGGAGCCAGGAUCAAGAAUAGCUGUAUUUUCCCAGAUACUAAGGUUUGCAAGAACGCUUUCAUCUCAGAAACUAUUGUAGGAAGAGGAUCAACUAUCGGAAAAUGGUCAAGAAUCGAGAACUUAGCAGUUAUAGCAGAUGACGUGGUUGUUAAGGACGAGUUGUUCAUAAACGGUUCCAAGAUUCUUCCUCACAAAUCCAUUGACAAGUCAUAUUACCAAAAUGGAGAUAUUAUCAUGUAA